AUGAUAAAUAUAAAGAGGCAUUAGAAUUAUUAGAUAAAUCAAUUUUAAUAAAUAGCAAUAAUUAGAAAUCAUUAUACUAAAAAGGUGAAAAUACUAAAUUAUUAAUAGGUGUAUGUUUAAAAAAGUUGAAUAAAUAUGAGGAUGCAAUUACUUGGUUGGACAAAGCAUUAGCUAUUGAUCCCAAACAUGUUUUUUCCUUAAAUGAAAAAGGUAGAUUUCAUCAUUUAUAUUAAUAGGCUAAUGUUUAAAAAUGUUGAAUAAAUAUGAGGAUGCAAUUACUUGGUUGGACAAAGCAUUAGCUAUUGAUCCCAAACAUGUUUUUUCCUUAAAUGAAAAAGGUAGAUUUCAUCAUUUAUAUUAAUAGGCGAAUGUUUAAAAAAGUUGAAUAAAUAUGAGGAUGCAAUUACUUGGUUGGACAAAGCAUUAGCUAUUGAUCCUAAAUAUGUUUUUUCCUUAAGUAAUAAAGGUAGAUUUCAUCAUUUUAUAUUAAUAGGUGCAUGUUUAAAAAAGUUGAAUAAAUAUGAGGAUGCAAUUACUUGGUUGGACAAAGCAUUAGCUAUUGAUCCCAAACAUGUUUUUUCCUUAAGUGAAAAAGGUAGAUUUCAUCAUUUUUAUAUUAAUAGGAGAAUGUUUAAGAUUAAUGAAGUAAUAUAAUAAGUCUGAAAUAGUUCUACAAUUUGCACUUUCUAUUAAUCCAAACCACACAUUUAGUCUUGAUAGACUUGGUAUUUGUUAAUUCCUAUCAAGGAAACUGUUUACAAGAUUAAGAAAAAUAUUAAGAAGCUCUGAUAUAUUAUGAAAGCAAAUUAAAAUUUAAACCGAAUGAUUAAUGGACUAAAAAUUAAAAGGGUAUUCUAAUUUGUUAAUCUAGAAUUUUGUCAACAGAAAUUGAAAUAAUGA